GUAAACCGUGUCAACUCUAUGAUACAUUGCAAGCCAACGAUAAAAACAGGAAUUAAGGGUGAGAUGCGAGGAAAAUAUGGCUGCGUCCAUGGUGCGGUGGUUUAGAGGCUUGUACGUUUUCUUUUUGACGUGUCUUCUUCCUGUUUCGGCGUUCCUGAAUUUGGAGGAGUUAAAUGAGAUGAAAUAUGGCAUCCAAAUCCUCCCGGACCCGGUGAUCGUGGGACAGGCCAAGUCGCAGGAUGUGAUGUUGGUCUCAAACAAAUACAGGCAGCUAUAUGAAUGUCACCUGCCUGCUCAAGCCAUUCGGUUCCACCAAGACCCAGCAGCAGAGCCGGACCCCCAGGGAUACAUUGGACCUGGGAUUCCUGAGCUUCUCAGGCCUAUGUCUAGUGCACCAUGCCUCGUCAAGACAAAAGACUGGUGGACAUAUGAGUUUUGCUAUGGCCAGUACAUCCGACAGUACCACUUAGAGGAUUCAGAGAUCAAGGGCGACAUGCUCUUCUUGGGGUAUUACGAGUCUGAAUUCGACUGGAAUAAUGAAACUGCCAAGGCCUCCAAACUACACAGACUAAAGAGGUACCACAGCCAGUCUUACGUUAACGGCUCAAAAUGUGACCUGAAUGGAAAACCCAGAGAAACGGAGGUGAGGUUCCUGUGUGAGGAGGGCUCCGGCGACUACGUCGCCCGCGUGGACGAGCCGCAGUCCUGUCGCUACGUCCUGACGGUUCACACCACGCGCACCUGUCACCACCCCUUCCUGCGCCCUCCGUCCUCUGCUAAACCCCAGGGCAUCGUGUGCCAGCCGGCCCUCAGCCCCCAGCAGUACAUGGACUAUGUCAAAGCGCAAGUCUCUGAUACCAAACGGAAGGUGGAACAGAUAUCUGAGGAGCUGAAGAGUUUGGACGAGAUCCUGGCUGGUGAUGAGGCCACUAAUGAUAAGGAGGAUGGAGGAGGGGUAGAGAACGGAGCUUCAGACAGCACUGACGUGGGGCCUGAUGGAGAGCCAGAUGCCGAAGAAGAACCAGGACCCCUAGAGGACUCGGUCGUUGAAGAUUUGGAGGACAGUCAGUUCUGGGAAGGGGUGACGAAACCAGAUGCCCCCACAGGGGCCAAACAGGUGGACAGUGAGUCUUUGGAACCUCAACUUGCUGAUGGUGACUUCAAGGAGGAUGUCUUUGGUGAUGAGAAGUUCAACUUCAAAAUUAUCACCGAUCCGUCUGACUUGAUGAAAUUUGUCAAGAAGCUCAAGGAAGGAGGUAAAAAGGCUGCCUCUGAAGAAGAGCGACAGAAGGGAGAGUCUCAGAAUGAGAAGGAAAGUGUGACUGGGGAGAAGGAAAGAGCAGGACAGCAAGGAGAGGAGGAGGAGGAGGAGAAGGAUGUGCUGGGGGACAGUGAGGACGAGCAUCUGCUGCAGGAGUUUGAGGAAGAGAUUGCUGACCUUUCUGUGCCCUCUGAUCGAAUCGAGGAGAUCAAAGAGGAGAUGCAGAAGGAGUUUGACGACAUCAUCGAUGAGGCUCAACAGGAGUUGGAAACCGAAGGUUUGAAGGGAGAGUUUGAUCGCAGCCAGGCCACCCAGACGCUGGAGACCACCUUGGACAAGCUUUUGGACCGCCUGGAGGACAGGGAGGAUGAAGAACACAGGCCUGAUGGGGGGCAGAAGGUUCCGGAUCCCAGCCGGGGCAGCCCUAGUUCCAUUUCACGCCAGCCAGACCGAGCACCAGUCCAGGAGAAGGUUAAAAUCAGAGUUACUAAGUAUAAACAAGGCAGCAGCCCUGACCGGCAGCUGAAGGUGCAGGAAAUGAGCGAAGGGGACCCACAGUUGCAGCAGAUUAAGGACGUGGUUAAAGAGCAGCUAGAGAGAGCUGGACUGAAAGCGGAAGGUAAAAUCGAGGUGAAGAUCCUGACUCGUAGAACGGCAGAUGAGGUGGGAGACCAGUGGCUUAGCGAGGAGGACACAAAGUCUUUCCGGGAACUUCUCAUCAACUUGCUGACGGGCGGGACAGAGGAGGUGUACAAGGAGCAGAAGCGACAGCAGGAAUUGGAGAACAACUACAGGUUUGUGUGGGGAGAGAAACAAGAAGAGACUCAGCCGAGUGGAGCUGCGGACUCUGACGAUGUCGACUUCUGAGAUCCGGUCUAAUCUCGGGAUGAAAAGGCUGGAGAGGGCAUGGCGCACAGAGGCGCAGUGCACAAACAUGAAGCCAUCCUGCAGUUUGUCUGACACAAGUUAAUGAACGGAAACCUGUGACCAAAAGAAAUAUUUAUAUGGUUUAAAAUAUGUAAUUGCUACACUUUGUUCUGCUGCCUACUGCAA